AUGGAGUCUGUCAUGCUUGAGAUCGCUGGCCUCUUCCUCUCUGUGAAUGGGUUGAUUUGUGUUAUCCUGACCUGCACAUUGCCCCUGUGGAAGGUGCCCGCUUUCCAAGGGGCCAGUAUCCUGACCGCCCAGCAGACCAUGGAGGGGCUGUGGAUGGACUGCAUGUGGCAGAGCACGGGCGAGCUGGUCUGCAACACCUUCGACUCCAUGCUGAUCCUGAGCCAGGAGCUCCAAUUGGCGCGGGCACUGACCACCACGGCGGGGGUGCUGGGGGCCUUGGGCAUCCUGGUGAGCAUUGUUGGGGCUAGCUGGACCAAGCUGGUCAAGAGCGUGCCCUGCAAGGGCCGGCUCAUCUCGGCCGCUGGCUUCAUCUUCACGGUGACGGGGAUUCUGCAGCUGGUCCCCGUGGCUUGUUACGCCAGGAACAUCAUCAGGGAUUUCCACAGCGUAUCCAUUCCCGAUGCUGUCAAGAGGGAGCUGGGGCCAUCCUUGUACAUCGGCAUGGUGGCUGGCGUCCUCUUCAUUGCUGCCAGCGGGCUUCUGUGGAGCUCCUGUUACAGAUCGAGAACACAGACAACUCCAACACGUUAUGCUCGUGGGCAAGCAGUUUACAGUGAGAGCCAUUAUGUGUAGAGAAAUGGCACAGAAAUUGGGCUACCUUCUAACUGAAGAGUAUUGGAGAUUAACAGUCAACAAUGUGGAAGUUGAGGGAUCCUUAAUUGUAAAACUAUUGUAAUCCUAUAUUGUCUACUUAGCUUUUCAGUCAUAUAUAGACAGAUAGAUAGAUAUAUAAAAGUUUAUAAUCUGGUUUAAGCUAAAUAGCAAUCAGAAUGUCUAAUUAAAUGCAUCUCAGCGAUUCAGUACAGCUCACAACUUAGUAAAAAACAUAUUUAAUAUAGGCUUCUUAGCGGUAGAGGUUUGAAAGUGCAGGCAGCAGAGUCUCUUUCUGAUUUUAGCACACUCAAAUAGAUUAUGUUAAGCAAUUUAAUUAUUAGGCCAAGUCUAUCUGUAGAGCACAGGAACUCAGGUAGCUCAUUCCCAGAACAGGGGCACCGUCUCAGAAUAAGAGGCAGGCCAUUUAGGAUCAAGUUGAGGAGGAAUUUCUUCACUCAG